CUUCCCAGGACAUUUCAGAACCCAGGUUGUUUUUAGGAACAUCUUCGUGGAUUCCCAGGGCUUCUUCUACUAGAAGCAAGAUGGCUGAACUCAAUACUCAUGUGAAUGUCAAGGAAAAGAUCUAUGCAGUUAGAUCAGUUGUUCCCAACAAAAGCAAUAAUGAAAUUGUCCUGGUGCUACAACAGUUUGAUUUUAAUGUGGACAGAGCUGUGCAAGCCUUCGUGGAUGGCAGUGCAAUUCAAGUUCUAAAAGAAUGGAAUAUGACAGGAAAAAAGAAGAACAAUAAAAGGAAAAGGAGCAAAUCCAAGCAGCAUCAAAACAACAAAGAUGCUAAAGAAAAGGGAGAGAGGCCUGAGACGGGGCCCCUGCAGCAGCAGGCACCCCCAGUGCAGAAUGGCCAUAUCAAUGGCUGUGAGAAGGACAGUUCGUCCACUGACUCUGCCAAUGAAAAACCAGGCCUUGCCCCUCGUGAAAGAAAGAUCUCAAUACUGGAGGAACCAACAAAGGCAUUUCGUGGGGUCCCAGAAGGCAACAGACUAUUGCAACAGAAGAUGUCAUUAGAUGGGAACCCCAAACCCGUACAUGGAACAUCAGAGAGAUCAGAUAGCCUACAGUGGUCAGCUGAGCAGCUUUGCAACCCAAGCAAGCCUAAAGCAAAAACGUCUCCUGUUAAGUCCAAUGUCCCUGCAGCUCAUCUUGAAAUAAAGCCAGAUGAGUUGGCGAAAAAAAGAGGCCCAAAUAUUGAGAAAUCAGUGAAAGAUCUGCAACGCUGCACUGUUUCUCUGACUAGAUACCGUGUCAUGAUCAAGGAAGAAGUGGACAGUUCGGUGAAGAAGAUUAAAGCCGCCUUUGCUGAAUUACACAACUGCAUCAUUGACAAAGAAGUAUCAUUAAUGGCAGAAAUGGACAAAGUUAAAGAAGAAGCAAUGGAAAUUCUGACUGCUCGUCAGAAGAAAGCAGAAGAACUAAAGAGACUUACUGAUCUAGCCAGUCAAAUGGCAGAGAUGCAGCUGGCCGAACUCAGGGCCGAAAUCAAGCACUUUGUCAGUGAGCGUAAAUAUGAUGAAGAGCUUGGGAAGGCUGCCCGAUUCUCCUGUGACAUAGAACAGCUGAAGGCCCAAAUCAUGCUCUGCGGAGAAAUCACACAUCCAAAGAACAACUAUUCCUCAAGAACUCCCUGCAGCAACCUGCUGCCUCUGCUGAAUGCUCAUGCAGCAUCCUCUGGCAAACAGAAUAACUUUGUCCGGAAAUCAUCCAUUCACAACAAGGCCUUGGAGGGGAAAGCAGCAAACCCAAAAAUGAUGAGCAGUCUUCACAACACUGCUGAUCUCUCUCACCAGGCUAUGCCAACUAACAAGCAGAAUGGACCUUCUAACCAAAGACGAAGAUUUAAUCCACAGUAUCAUAACAACAGGCUAAAUGGUCCUGCCAAGUCACAAGGCAGUGGUAAUGAAGUUGAUCCAAUGGUGAAGGGCAACAAUCGGCAUGAACACAGAAGACAGCCACACAAUGGCUUCCGUCCCAAAAAUAAAGGUGGCGCCAAAAAUCAAGAGACCCCCUUGGGGACCAAACCCCCUGAGGUCCCAGUGCAUACUGAAAAGCCCCGGCGAAGGCAGCAUGUUGGAGACAACAGCGAGGCCAGGCCUUUCCGGGGUAAUGUCAGUAGGGUUUCACAGUGCAAUCUCUGCCCCACAAGAAUAGAAGUUUCCACAGAUGCCACAGUUCUCUCUGUCCCAGCUGUGACACUGGUGGCCUGAGCUAGGAGAGAAGAGCAGGUUUUGCUCAGUUCUGGUUCCCUGCCCGAGGUGCUGACCCAAUUCGCUGCCAAAAAGAGAGUCAAUCAGAAUAUAUAAACCCUGUAUGGUUGUGUCAUCCUCUCUUAAUCAUUUUUACUAAUUCAGAUACUCAGCUCUAGCUUGCUUCGUAAAUUUCAUGGCUUUGCUUGAUCUGUUGAUGCUUUUCCUCGAGACUUUGCAGCAUUGUAGCCAGACAGUAUUUACUCAUUUGUUAGGGAAAUCAAGGCGUGGCUGAAGAUCAGAGCUCAGUUAGCAACCUAUGUUGUAGCCGUGAUGUCAAUCCAUUGAUUGUCUUUAGAGUUAAUGUUGAAAAAUACUCUUCAUGAUCAGACAAACAUGAUCUGCUGAAGACACAUGUGCUUUUGUAAAAAUUAACAUCUGGUGUUUUCUGAAAUAUAUAUAUAUACAUAUAUUCCUUUAUUUGAAACAAAUUAAAUAUGCUGCAUUUGA